AUGGCCGGUGCGCCCGACGAACACCAGAGCGACGGAUCCAAGUUGCGGACCGUUCUGGGCAUCUUGAAGAAGUUCAUUGGCGUCUCCGACCUCGCCGCCGUUCGCUUUUCCCUCCCCUCCCAGCUCCUCGAACCGACGCCGAACCUCGAGUACUGGACCUACCUCGACGCCCCCAACGCCUUCAUCGCCAUCGGUACCUCCGACGAGCCGCUCGACCGCAUGCUCGAGGUCGUGCGCUUUUGGCUCACCAAGGAUAUCAAGUACGCCAAGGGGAGGCCUUGCAAACCCUACAACUCCUGCCUCGGCGAGUUCUUCCGCUGCAAUUGGGAAUCGGAAGACAACGCGCCCGUCAUCGAUACCCUCGGUCUUUCCAACGGCGCCACGCCGCCCGACGGACCCGCACGCAGCAACUUGUCGAGCUUGAAAGCCGCCGCCAAGGACGACAAGAACGCAUCCAACCUCUCGCUUUCCGUUCCCCAGCAUGGCGCCCCCGCCGACAGCCAUCCCAUCCGCGUCUCCUACCUCACCGAGCAGACCUCCCACCACCCCCCCGUCAGCGCCUUUCACGUCACCUGCCCGGAAAAGGGCAUCACCGCCCGCGGCUUCGACCAGAUCACCGCCAAGUUCACCGGCACCUCGGUCAAGGUCCUGCCCGGCGAGCACAACAUGGGCAUCUUCAUCACCCUCGACAAGCGCGACGGCGAGACCUACCAGCUCACCCACCCGGCCGCCCACCUGGGCGGCCUCCUGCGCGGCAGCCUGAGCGUCUCCGUCAGCGAGAUGGCCUACUUUACCUGCCCCAAGACGAAGAUCAAGGCCAUCCUCCACUACGUCGAGGAAGGCUGGCUCGGCCGGACCACCAACAAGAUCGACGGCGUCAUCUUCAAGUACGACCCGGACAAGGACGACAAGACGAGGGUCCAGGAUGUCCCCGCCGACGAUGUCCUCGCCCGGCUCAGCGGACCUUGGAGGGAAAAGGUAACCUUCACUCUCGGGCCGAGGCCAAGUAAAUCCGUCCCUCUCGAGGAGCAAUACACCAUCAUCGACAUGGCUCCCCUCGGCGUCGCCCCCAAAAUCGUCCCACCCGAAGACCAGCAGCUCCCGAACGAGUCCCUCUCCCUCUGGGGCGGCGUCACCAAGGCCAUCAUCGCGAAGCAGUACUCCAAGGCCACCGAGAUCAAGGUCGAGCUCGAGGAGAAGCAGCGCGAAAAGGCCCGAGAGCGCGAGCAGAGCGGCGAGGAAUGGAGACCCGUCUUCUUUGAGCACGUCACGGGCAACGGUGGCAAGCCCGAUUUGACCGAUGUGGGGAGGCAGGUCCUCGAGAGGGCCCAGAAGGGCGAGUGGUCCACAGACGACAUUCUGGACCGUGGUCGAGUCUGGUGA